AUGCAGGCCCAGCUCCCAGGCUCCGUCUUCUCCAGACUGCCAUCAGGCUGGCUGGAGCAUAAGCUAUGGCCGAUUGCAAGCUGGUGGGCAGCGUGGGACACACAUUCCAUCAUGCAUGGCAUAGUGGUGGACUGGGAAAUGCUGGAGGGGCUGUAGGAGUGGCUGCUGGUGGGGGUCCUGAGGCAGUGACCUGAGCAGUGACCUGUGCUGGUGAGUGACUCGCGCUCUGUGCCGCCCAAGGCCUGUAAGAAAGAGGUGGCGCUGUUUGAGGCCUUGGCAGUGCCCACGUGCCAAGUGGCCAGCACAGCACUGCUGGUGCUCUGCUCUGCCGGUGUGCUCAGCUGGUUGGUGGUGGAGGCGGGCACAGGCAUGUGCUACACCACACCUGUCUACACGGGGCAUUCGUGGCUCAAGGCCACCUUCUGGCUGGAUGUGGCAGAGACCCUGUCAUGCUACUGGCAAGAGCUGGUGGCUGCAUGUCCUGACCUUUGACUGCAGGGCCUGCCGCGCAAGACCAUCACACAGCUCAAGAAGCACUGCUGCUACCUGUCGCUGGACUUCAAGGGUGAUCUUUGUGACCCUGCCCGACACCAUCUGUCCAGUUUCUGAAUGGGCAAUGGGAGCUCUGUGUGCCUUGGCAGUGAGUGCUUCUGCUGCCUGGAACCCAUCUUCCAGCCGUGUCUGCUAGGCCAGGCUGAGCUGGGGCUGCCCACGCUGGCCUUCUGGGCACUGCAGAAGAUGCCCACGACGCUAUGGAAACAGCUGACCGACACUGUGGUCCUGGCACAGUGGUCAGCACUGUGUGCUGAGCUGGAGGCGCGGUGCUGCCAGCACGGCUACCCGGCCCUAAGACCCCAUCUGGUGGCCAAGUCUGGGCGCGGCAUGGCUGUGUGGACUGGAGGCUCCAUGGUGGCCUCCUUGCACUCUUUCCAACGCGGCUGGAUGACUUGGGCCAUCUACCAGGAGUGUGGUUCCAGGCUGGUGCACGAAGUGUUCAACUGA